CCAAUGGUAUUAUAAAUACAGGACACACAAAUCUGUAGCAGCUGAUAGGAUGGAGUCGGGGUGGGUCUUGUGUGCUGUUGUAUUUGCGUUGACCUGCAUGGGAAAAGGUGGCCAUUCACAGGCAAAUGUGUGUGGCAUUGCUUCUCUCAACACAAAGAUUGUUGGGGGUCAGGCUGCAGCUGCAGGUAGCUGGCCAUGGCAGGCCAGUCUGCACCGCUCCAACCGCCAUUUUUGUGGAGGCUCCCUUAUCAACAAAGAGUGGGUGUUGACUGCCGCUCACUGCUUCCCCAGCACCAGCACAUCCGGCCUGCUUGUCUACCUGGGCCGGCAGAAUCAGCAAAGCAUAAACUCCAACGAGGUAUCCCAAACGGUCUCUCAGAUCACCCGCCACCUGAACUACAACAGUGCAACCAGUGACAAUGACAUAUGUUUGCUGAAGCUCUCAUCACCUGUCACCUUCACUGACUACAUCCAGCCGGUCUGCCUGGCAGCAGUGGGCAGCACCUACUACACUGGCACUACUAGCUGGGUCACCGGAUGGGGCGAUAUCAAUAGUGGUGUGCCCCUUCCCUCACCCGGGACCCUACAGGAGGUGACUGUGCCAGUAGUGGGGAACAGGAAGUGUAACUGUCUCUAUACUGGAUUGGGUUCAAUCACAAACAACAUGAUCUGUGCUGGUCUACUGAGUGGAGGAAAGGAUUCCUGUCAGGGAGACUCCGGGGGGCCAAUUGUGAGCAAACAGGGUCUGGUCUGGAUCCAGUCUGGGGUUGUUAGUUUUGGAAAAGGCUGUGCCGAAGCAAAUUUCCCAGGAGUGUACACCAGAGUGUCCCAGUACCAGACCUGGAUCAACAGCCAGAUCAGCACUGACAUGCCAGGCUUCGUCACCUUCUCCUCCAGUGGGACUGACUCUGAUCUCAAUGUCACCUGUAAUGCACUGUCCAGUGGGGCCUCACUCUUCUCCCUCUCUCCUUUUCUCGUCUUUCUCUAUCUCUUCCAAUAGAGGACACACUAAAAGUGGAUGCUUAACUUUAUUCACUGUAUGUGAAAAGUACUGGGAUAGUAUGUUUAUACGCUGAACAAUAAGUGAUGGGUUUAAUUUAAUAUGAAUCUACUGUAUCUAGUAAUACUUGUUGAUUGUGAUGUAAGUCAUUAAGUUGGACAGCAAAUGUCAUUGUGCUAUGGGAUUACAUUUGGUUGUUUAUCAGAGCUAAGUUUAUGAUUGUUGUUUGCAGUUAUGCUUAGCUAUCACACUCAAUGAAUACAACUUGUUUUUCUCCAUUUAAUCAUGAAGUUAUGUAUAUUUGUCCAUCUUGAGUGUACUGUAUCUGCAAAUAAAUAGACUAUUUACAGUGAA